CCCAUUUGUCCACGUAAAAUUACAGUUUGACCGUUCACCAAUCCCUUUCUCUCUCUCUAACCAAUCUCUCUCUCUCUCUCUCUCUCUCUCUCUCUAAGCAAGAUCUCCUUCCACUCUCUUCCUUCUCUAUUGCGUUUCAAAUAAAGUUCAUAUCGAUGUAGAGAGAAAAGAGAGUUGCACCAAGAAGCUACGAGACUACUUUAGCCUGAUACAGUCUUCACACUCUGCUUUUCUGAAAGCUUCUGAAGUUCGUACAAAGCACAACAACAGAAUAAAGCAACAAACUGGUCGAUCACUCACACCAUUAGCGUGUUCGAAUUUGAUUCUCGACAGUCUUCGAUCUAUACACAAAUCUAUCUUUAUUUUUCUUGGAAGAACACAAGUUAUCUAUCUUACUACUAUCAAUACAGAUAUAUACAUAUAUGUGUGUGUGUUUGUGUGCAUACUGUUGUUGUUCGUAUAAAAGGUGAGGUUAGGGUUUUGAAUCGUACUGAAGAUUGAGGACAGGAGGAGCAGAUAUGGAGAGCUAUUUGAAUGAAAACUUUGGGGAAGUGAAGCCCAAGAACUCGUCGGAGGAGGCGCUUCAGAGAUGGAGGAAGGCCUGUUGGCUUGUCAAGAAUCCUAAGCGGAGGUUUCGAUUCACUGCUAAUGUCCCCAAGCGAGUUGAAGCUCGGAAUAUUCAACGAUCCAAUCAGGAGAAGCUAAGAAUUGCAGUAUUGGUCUCACAAGCCGCAGUUCAAUUUAUCCAAGGUAUAAGUAGUUACACUUUACCCGAUGAAGUAAAAGCUGCAGGUUUUCAAAUCUGUGCUGAUGAGUUGGGAUCCAUUGUUGAAGGCCAUAAUGUGAAGAAGCUGAAAGGUCAUGGUGGGGUUGAGGGUAUUGUAGACAAGCUCUCGACAUCAAUCACCAAUGGGAUAUCUACUUCUGAAGACUCUCUGAGUCGAAGAAAAGAAAUUUAUGGAAUUAAUAAAUUUACUGAAAAACAGGCUAAAGGUUUCUGGGUUUUUGUAUGGGAAGCCUGUCAAGAUAUGACCCUUAUGAUACUUGCUGUUUGUGCCUUUGUGUCUCUGAUUGUUGGCAUAACAACGGAAGGAUGGCCAAAAGGUGCCCACGACGGACUUGGAAUCGUGGCAAGCAUCUUGUUGGUUGUAUUUGUCACUGCGACUAGCGAUUAUAAACAGUCUUUGCAGUUUAAGGAUUUAGAUAGAGAAAAGAAGAAGAUUACAGUUCAGGUUACUAGAAAUAGUUACAGACAAAAGAUUUCAAUAUAUGAUCUACUUCCUGGUGAUAUAGUUCAUCUAGCUACUGGAGAUCAGGUCCCUACUGAUGGACUCUUUGUUUUGGGAUAUUCUACAUUGAUAAAUGAAUCUAGUUUAACAGGAGAGAGUGAGCCAGUUAAAGUGAAUGCUGAUAAUCCUUUUCUCCUUUCUGGAACUAAAGUUCAGGAUGGAUCAUGCAAAAUGCUUGUUACUACUGUUGGGAUGAGAACCCAAUGGGGUAAAUUAUUGGCUACUCUUAGUGAAGGAGGAGAUGAUGAGACCCCAUUGCAGGUCAAACUGAAUGGAGUGGCGACCAUCAUUGGGAAAAUAGGCCUGUUUUUUGCUGUUGUUACUUUUGCUGUUAUGGUGCAAGGAUUAUUCAGCCGCAAACUACAAGAAGGGUCUCAUUGGAGCUGGUCUGGGGAUGAAGCCCUCGAAAUGUUGGAAUACUUUGCUGUGGCUGUUACAAUAGUUGUGGUUGCGGUCCCUGAGGGGCUGCCUUUAGCUGUCACAUUGAGUCUUGCUUUUGCCAUGAAGAAGAUGAUGAAUGAUAAGGCACUUGUCCGCCAUCUGGCUGCUUGUGAGACCAUGGGAUCUGCCACAAGUAUAUGUAGUGAUAAGACUGGGACACUAACUACUAACCAUAUGACCGUUGUAAAAGCAUACAUUGGUGGGAAAAUCAAGGACUUGAGUAGCUCUACUGAGAUUUCUAGUGUCUGCUCUGGGAUUUCUGAUUCUGUCAGGAAAAUGCUACUCCAAUCCAUAUUUAACAACACUGGGGGAGAAGUGGUUAAGAAUCAAGACAACAAAAUUGAGAUCCUGGGAACACCCACUGAAACAGCACUUUUGGAAUUUGGGUUGUUGCUUGGUGGAGAUUUCAAUGCAGAACGACAAGAAUCAAAAAUUGUGAAAGUUGAGCCAUUCAAUUCUGUGAAGAAACGGAUGGGGGUUAUUAUAGAGCUUCCUGAAGGAGGGUUCCGGGCCCAUUGUAAAGGUGCUUCUGAAAUAAUUUUGGCUGCAUGUGACAAAGUCAUAGACUCGAAUGGUGACGUUGUUCCCCUUGAUAAAGCAUCUAUGAAUCAUCUGAAAGAUACAAUUGAACAAUUAGCUAACGAAGCACUACGAACUCUUUGCCUUGCUUAUAUAGAAUUGGGAAGUGAAUUCUCUGCUGAAAAUCCUAUACCCUUUGAGGGAUAUACUUGUAUCGGAAUUGUGGGUAUUAAAGAUCCAGUUCGUCCUGGUGUCAAGGAAUCUGUUGCAAUUUGUAGGUUAGCUGGUAUUACUGUGCGGAUGGUUACAGGAGACAACAUUAACACCGCAAAGGCAAUUGCCAGGGAAUGUGGGAUUCUGACUGAUAAUGGUAUAGCCAUUGAAGGCCCAGAAUUUCGGGAGAAGAGUGAGGAGGAAAUGAAUGCACUCAUUCCCAAAAUUCAGGUAAUGGCUAGGUCUUCACCAAUGGAUAAGCAUACCCUUGUGAAACACUUAAGAACCACACUUGAAGAAGUUGUUGCAGUGACUGGAGACGGUACAAAUGAUGCUCCAGCACUUCAUGAAGCAGAUAUUGGGCUUGCGAUGGGCAUUGCUGGAACUGAGGUGGCUAAAGAGAGUGCUGAUGUCAUAAUUUUAGACGAUAAUUUCUCCACCAUUGUAACUGUGGCCAAAUGGGGACGCUCUGUUUACAUAAACAUUCAAAAGUUUGUUCAGUUUCAGCUGACAGUCAAUGUGGUUGCCCUAAUUGUCAAUUUUUCUUCUGCCUGUUUGACAGGAAGUGCUCCCCUCACUGCAGUUCAGCUUCUAUGGGUCAACAUGAUCAUGGAUACACUGGGCGCACUUGCACUUGCCACUGAACCUCCUAAUGAUGACCUAAUGAAUCGACCACCCGUUGGAAGGAAAGGGAACUUCAUCAGUAAUGUUAUGUGGAGGAAUAUCAUGGGGCAAUCGCUUUAUCAAUUUAUUAUAAUCUGGUAUCUUCAGACGCAAGGAAAAUCAGUCUUUCAUCUGGAUAGCUCGGACUCUGAUUUGAUUCUCAACACACUUAUUUUUAACUCUUUCGUCUUUUGUCAGGUUUUCAAUGAGAUCAGCUCCAGAGAGAUGGAAAAGAUAAACGUCUUCAAAGGCAUACUGAAAAAUUACGUGUUUGUUAUCGUACUCGCUUGCACCGUCUUCUUCCAAAUCAUUAUCAUUGAAUUCCUCGGUACGUUUGCAAACACUAUUCCUCUCACCUGGCAGCACUGGUUCGUGAGUGUUUCAAUCGGGUUUCUUGGCAUGCCAAUAGCUGCUGCCAUAAAGAUGAUCCCUGUGGGAUCGAAAUGAAACUCAGGAGAAAGCAAGUGGGUACUUUCUGACUCAUUCAUCCAAGCUUUUAUAUUCAAGAAGGUAUCUUCCUCCCCAUGUUUCACAGUAGCAGCAUGCGAAGAUAGCAUUUUGCAUACAGUUAAAUUUCAAGACCAAAGAUAUUCACCUAUGCUACCGAAAAACGUGAAUUGUUGUUAUUUUUGUAAGCAAGUUUUCAACUUCGAUCUUGAAACUCUUUCUGAUUCAUCCUAACAGAAUUUUAGGUAAUCAUUAUUCUAAACCAGUUAUGUUUGUUAGAGAAUGAAUGAUUCCCUAUUGGGGUUGCUCCCUAAAUCUACAAAAUUAGGUUGUAUUUUUUUGUUGAUUGUUCAUUAAGUUUUUAUUAUUAUUA